AUGAAUCUGGGCAAAGCGCUCCUGUUGCUCCUGCUCUCCAGUUGCGUGACAAUGGUGCUGUCGCUCUCCACCUGCACCACCGUGGACAUUGACCACAUCAAGAAGAAGAGAGUGGAAGCGGUACGGGGACAAAUCCUCAGUAAACUGCGACUGACCAGCCCGCCCCAGACGACGGGUCCGAGCCAGGUACCGUUCCAGGUGCUGGCCCUGUAUAACAGCACCAAGGAGCUGAUCGAGGAGCUGGGAAGAGACCGACAGCAGAGCUGUGGACAGGAUAACACGGAGACAGAGUACUACGCCAAAGAGAUUUACAAGUUCAACAUGAUCACUGGGUCGCCUGAAAACAAUGACCUCCCCUACUGCCCGAAGGGAAUCACUUCCAAGGUGUUCCGCUUCAACGUCUCCACCAUGGAGAAAAACUCCACCAACUUGUUCCGGGCCGAAUUUCGAGCGCUGCGGAUCCCUAACGCGGGCGCCAAGAAAAACGAGCAGCGGAUCGAACUCUACCAGAUCCUCCAGAAAGACGACCCCAAAGCCAAACAGCGGUACAUCGGGGGCAAGAACGUGCUGACCAAGGGGAUGGCCGAGUGGGUCUCUUUCGACGUCACGGAGACAGUGAGGGAGUGGCUCAUGUACAGACAGACCAAUCUUGGCCUGGAGAUCAGCGUGCACUGUCCCUGCCACACUUUCAAGCCAAACGGGGAUAUUAUUGAGAAUGCCAACGAGGUGCUGGAGGUCAAAUUCAAAGGUACGGAGCCAGACUUUGACGACCUGAGCCGUGGCAAAAAACAAAGGGAGCAGCUGUACCCCCAUCUCAUCCUCAUGAUGCUGCCCCCCCACAGGCUGGAUGCGCACUCCUCAUCCCGAAGGCGCAAGAGGGCACUCGACACCAAUUACUGCUUCAACAAUUACGAGGAGAACUGCUGUGUGCGACCGCUUUAUAUUAAUUUCCGCCAGGACUUGGGCUGGAGAUGGAUCCAUCAGCCUGAGGGCUACUACGCCAAUUUCUGCUCUGGUCCUUGCCCUUACCUACGCAGCGCUGACACCACACACAGCACGCUGCUGAGCCUCUACAACACCUUGAAUCCGGAGGCGUCCGCCUCACCGUGCUGCGUGCCCCAGGACCUGGAGCCCCUCACCAUCCUCUACUACGUGGGCCGCUCGCCUAAAGUGGAGCAGCUGUCCAACAUGGUGGUCAAGUCCUGCAAAUGCAGCUAA